CUAACUCAGUAUAGCAAUAUCUCAAAAGUGUCAAAAUGCUGAUUUUAUCUCAUCUACUCUGUAUUUCACUCUGUGUAUUCCUCUUUCUUGUUAGCACAAAUGGGACACAACUUAUUCUAGUUAACAACUGCAGAAGAAGCAUAUGGCCUGGAAUUCUUGGCAAUAGAGGGAAGAUGACUCCUAAAGAUGGCGGCUUUCACAUGAGGAGUGGUGAUGAAGUAGUCUUUGAUGUGCCUAAGAAGUGGUCGGGUAGGAUAUGGGCCAGGCAGAAUUGUCACUUUAAUAAGACUGGCAAAGGCUCAUGUGAUACUGGAGAUUGUAAUGGCCAGUUAAAAUGCCAGGGGUUAGAAGGUAAACCACCGGCUACUGUUGUGGAAAUGACACUAGGCUCAUCGACUUCACCCUUGCAUUUCUAUGAUGUGAGCUUAGUCGAUGGCUUCAACGUGCCAGUUUCAAUGAGACCUAUUGGUGGAGGAAUAGGUUGUGGCGUGGCAGAGUGUGAUGUUGAUCUGAAUAUAUGUUGUCCAGCUGCACUCGAAGUGAAGAUUGGUGGAGAAGUGGUAGGGUGCAAGAGUGCUUGUUUGGCUAUACAAUCAGCCAAGUACUGCUGCACAGGAAAAUUUGCAGAUCCCAAAACAUGCAAACCUACUAUUUUUGCUCAUCUAUUUAAGGCCAUCUGUCCCAAGGCUUACAGUUAUGCAUUUGAUGAGUCUUCUAGCCUAAACAGGUGUAGGGCUACAAGGUAUGUCAUUAUCUUUUGCCCUCCAAAAUAAGAGUUCUGGGAAUCUGUAUACAAGUUUCAUGUACCUUAGGAUUGGAUGGAAGCACAUGUCCAUCUAGUGGCACUUGUUGUCCAACUUAUGUAAUUCAGUCUUAACAGAAAAUUAAUUGAAGGUCAAUGAACAGCAAUAUUAGUACAAACUGAGAUUCCCAUAUGGUGAUAGAACUCACCAAAUUAAAAAUACAUUCA